UUUAGAAUAGCCUGUCAUUGCGGAAGUAGCUUCAGUGAAGAAAAUUUUUUUUGUUGAGAAUUGAAAGAUAAUAAUUUACUGUCGUGAGAAAACGAGUCACGUCAUAUAGUUAGAGAUUACUACCCGUUUUUACUGUAUCUAUUGCUGGCUUUUUGAAAAGUAGCAAAAUGUGUAAUGGUUGUGUGCAGAAAGAGUACCCUGACAGGGGGAACACAUGUUUGGAGAAUGGCUCCUACCUGAUGAACUACCUGGGCUGUGCCAACUGUCACCAGAGGGACUUUGUGUUGAUCAGCAACAAGGCCACAGAGGAUGAGGAUGGAGAGGAGAUAGUCACCUAUGAUCAUGUGUGUAAAAACUGUGACCACGUCGUAGCCAGGCAUGAGUAUACUUUCUCUGUGGUGGACGAUUAUCAGGAGUACACAAUGUUGUGCAUGCUGUGUGGGAAGGCGGAGGACUCCAUCAGUGUGCUGCCAGAUGAUCCCAGGCAAACCGCCCCUCUCUUCUAGAAGAGUACAAUGACAGACUGAGAUGACCAGAUGUAAACAAUCAAGAACUGCUAGCUCAACAUGGACCAGAAGUCCCAUGAAAGAGAUAGACUAUUAGCAUUCUAGAAAAUAGAGCAGGUAUUCUAGAACACAUAUCACAUCUCAAACCCAUAUAGCCAUGCAUCUCUAUAUGGCUCUGCCCAGACAUAACAUUUCACUUAUAGAACAGAGCUUGUCUAAGAUGGCAAGUCCUAUAUUCAUCAAAUUGAAGGAAUAAUACCAGUCUUCUUUAACAUAGACUUUUCAUCAACAGUAAGGGUAAGCAAAGACUACAUAAUAUAGUACAUGCUACUCUUCUUUGACCACAGAUGUACAUACUGUCCAAUUUUGCUAGAAUUAGAUUUAGGGCCUAGUUCACUCAGUAACAACCCCCACCCCAUAAGCACUAUCAGAGAUUCAUCUUGGCUUAUCAGCGCGCAAGAAGGAGCUACUACCAUGUCACAUUACCUACGGAUCUACAUUAAGUUUAUUGAAGGUUUGGGGGCUAAGGGUUGUUUCUGUAUAGGGCCUAUGUUGGGGACUAGGGGUUGUUCCUGGACAGGGCCUAGGUUGGGGUUAAGGGUUGUUUCUGGACAGGGCCUCGAUUGGGGCUAAGGGUUGUUUCUCGACAGGGCCUAGGUUGGGGCUAGGGGUUGUUUCUGGACAGGGCCUAGGUUGGGGACUAGUGGUUGUUUCUGUAUAGGGUCUAGGUUGGAGCUAAGGGUUGUUUCUGGAUAGGGCCUAGAUUGGGGCUAAGGGUUUUCUGGAUAGGGCCUAGAUUGGGGCUAAGGGUUGUUUCUGGACAGGGCUUAGGUUGGGGUUAUUUUUUAGGGCUUGGAACCCUAGUUAGACUGCUGUUAAGGAUAAAUAACUGUUACAGAUCACAUGUCUGUUUAAAUAGAUUUGACAGCAUUGUUUUUUAAAUAUAAAUAUUAAGUAAAACAAAUGUUUGUAUGUUGGGGGGGCAAUGGAACUUGACACUUUGUACGCAUUUGUUGGUUGCAUCGUAACGUAAUAAAGACAACGUGUAGGUAGUCUACUACUUUGAAAAUGUAUUAUUUCAUAUAUACUUUACAGAAAUAUAAACGCAAUGUAAAGUGUUGGUCAGAUAUUUCAUGGGAUGAAAUAAAAGAUACCAGAAAUUUUCCGUAUGC